UGCUCGUUACUAUAUACGCUGUAAUUGGCUUGCAUUUUUUUGUCUUGUUCUUUUUAAUGUCGAAUUGUUGAGAUCGUCAAAAAUGACUUUUUAAUUUGGAAUUUGCAUGUGAUUUCCCGAUAUGGUCGCGACGUCGCCAUCUUAAAUCUAACGACGUCAUACCAUAAUCGAGAAAAGAUUUUUAGUAAGACGAAAGUCAAACGUGGCAGCAGUUGGCCUUUACAGAUAGUGAAUGUAUGAGAAAUUCAUAAAUCCAUCUUCAACACAUUUUCCGAGUAUUUUCACCGGUGGUUUAAUGCACCAAAGACGGUCAAUUAACAAAGCUAAAAUAGUACGAAAAAUAUUCAAAGCCAGGCAUGAAUUUUGGAAGUGUAGAAUGCCAAUGAUAUCUUGAAAAUAAUAAACGUAGAGGCGCCAUUGGUACGCGCCAUCUGGAUAUCGUCAAGAAGAAGUUAUGGUAGUGAGAAAUUGGAAAAACUUUCGAAUAACGCUUGUUACUUUUCGUAAGAUCGUGUAUCAAGAGGAGAAACUUAUAAUUUGAAACUGAUUAUUAUGCCAAUGCAGAUAUGCAUUAAAGUGUUGCAGUUCAUUUAUAAAGAAUAUUAUUAUUUCAACUGCACGCGCGCGUGUUAUUUUAAAAUGAAAAUAAUAAAUAAUAUAUUAAGAGAAUAAAUGCAUUCGUGAAAGGAUCAUUUCUAAUGAAAUAAAUAUUAGUUAUAAAUAUGCAGAAUUCAACUAAGCUUAAUAGAGAUCACGAUUAUGGAGAAUUAAUGACAGAAAAUCAUAAUUAUAUGAAUACCAGUGCUCAGAAAGAUAUGUUAGAAAAUAAUUUAUUAAAAACCGUUUUGAAACCUAUGAAGGUAUCUUCUUUGACAGUAAAUAAAGAUACUUUAGGUGGACAAGUUAAGGAUAUAAAUGAGUUAAAAAAAAUAACACCUCGUGUAAAACUAUUGGCUCAUGAUGUAAAUAGUUUGAAGGAAUUAACUAAAAUUUCUUUGCAAAGUAAAUCAUUAGAAUCAGACAAAAUUCAAAUGUUUGAAAAUACUAAGCAAGAAUUAAAAAAGUACUGUCGAACUUGUGCCGGUUUGAAGUUUCCUUUGGUCGAUAUCUUCAGUGAAAAAGGUAUUCAAAUGAGGCUAAGUCAACAGAUCAAACAUUUAGAAGAAAUCAAUUCUCACGACAGUUUAUCUACUCAAAUGUGUAUGGAUUGUAUUUGCGAUUUGAAAAUGAGUUAUAAGUUUUAUAUGCAAAUUAAAAAAGCUGAAAUUAAGUUAAAAUCGCUUUAUGUUACAAUAACCGACACAGUUGCACGUAACAUAGAAGCGGAUAAAAUACAAUCUCUAACUAACAGUCAAAAACUGGUAGAAGAAAUUGAUGAUUCCUCUAUGGUGCCCAUAUCAACGAGCACCGACAACGAAGAAUUUGUUCCAAAAAUAUCCGCUAUUUAUUCUUUAAAAGAUGUGAAAUCAUCACCUCCGGAAAGAGAGGAAAAAAAUAAUUCUGAUGUAACAUGUACAAUUGAGCCUGAAAUUUUUGAAGAUGUUGCAGAUCAACAUCAAAGUGAUGAUAAUGAAUCUAUCGAAGAAUUUGAUCCGGAUGAUCCACCAUUUCAACCCGAUAGUUCGGAUGCUGCAGAAUCUGAUGAUGAAAUUGAAAGUAGUCACACGGAUAGAAAACGAAAUACGUCUAAAAAGGAUAAUAUAAGUAAAGUAAAUAAUCAAUCUUUUUUAUUACAAAAUUCGUCAGGUAGUAAUUUAAUGCAGAAUCAAGAUGAUGCAAAUCAAGAUGAUGCAAAUCAAGAUUCUAAUCAAACUGUAUAUAAAUAUGAUAUGGCAUUAAAGGCUUAUGUUAAAUUAGAUACUCCACAAGAUAAUUUAAAUUCCAAAUUUCAAAUUAAUCAGAAGAUUGAUAUAAAAAAUAAUGAAUUUGGGAAAGAUACUCCAAAACAACCAAAUAUAUUAAAGCGCAGGCUUUUGCAGCAAACAAAAAAGGAUAAUUUAGGAAAUAAUGAUGAGUCCAAAUGUUCUAUCACAUCUGAUAUUUCUGAAAAUCCGAAAGAUUCGAAAAUUCCAAAAUUAGAUAUGCAAAACCCUUUAAACAUUAACGAUACCCAAGAAGAUGGAAUUAUGUACGUCACUGUGAAAGGUUCUAAACCGAAUGAAAUAUUAUUGGUAAAGGUUAAAAAAAUGGAUAAACCGCUUGAAAAAAAGGACGAGAAAAAUAUGAGUAAAAGGAAAUCAUUUGACUUUAAACCAGUUGGUAAAAUUUUGAAGAGAUAUGAAGCUUUAGCGACAAAAGAAAAGAAUUUAUUUACAGAACGUACUAAGAAAUUGGAUAAGAGAGAACAGAUAAUAGAAGAGCAAAUAGAAGAAUAUAAGAAAAAACGUGAAAAAGUUCUGGGUAGUCAACCAAAUUUACCAAUAAAAAACGAAGAUACUCAGAAUCGAUUUGUUAAACGAGUAGAAAGUUCUGACGAUCAAAAAGCGCAUAUAUACGAAGAAAGUAAUUCCAAUUUAAAAGUAGAAUCUGAUGUUGAUAGUAGUACUAUGAAUAGUGUUAUUAUAAAAGACGAGAAUGUUUCAGAUGUUUCAGAUUUUCAACAGAAUCAGUCAGCUUCAGAGAAGGCAUAUGUGAAUACAAAAGAGUACUUAUCACGUUUAGCUAAACUUAAAUUAAAAUGGGAAGAGGCAAAGAAAAAGAAAGAAUACUUACAAAAAGAACUUGACCAGUCUUACACUGAGGGAAACAUGGAAAAACUAUCACGGAUUCUAGGAGAGAAAGAAAAAAACUUACUAGAAUUUCAAGAUUAUUUAAAGCAAAGAAAAAUAGUUAUUACCAGAUUAAAAGAUGAAGACAUCAUUUCCCUUUACGAAGAUAGAAAUAACACGUCUCUUCAAAAAAGUUUACCCGACUUGAUCGAUGAAACAACACCAGCAGAUUAUAUACCAGAGGAAAAUUAUUUAGAGUGUGAUUAUUGCCCUGAAACAUUUGCUUCUAAAGAAGUACUUGAGGAUCACAUAAAAAUGCACGAUUUUAAAAUAAUGCAUUAUUGUGAAGAUUGCAUGGAGGAAUUUCCUACAAAUAAAGCAAAAAAAAAUCAUAAUAUAAUAUGUUUUAAAAAAUUAUUAUGUAAAUAUUGUGAUAUGAUAUUAGAUUCGAAAGGCAAAAAGAGGCAGCACGAACAGAAACAUUGUGAUAAUCUGUUUGGCCAAUUGUGCGAGUUUUGUGGUGAAAAAUUCAAACAUCAGGGGACCCUCGAUCAACAUGUUAAAACGCAACAUAUGAACUGGGAAAAGAUUUUUCAAUGUACUAAAUGUCCGAAAAAAUUUGCGUUCAAACAAAAAUUGAGUUUUCAUUUAAAAUCUGUCCACACAACGUUAAGAGCUUAUUUGUGUGAAGAUUGUGGGGCUGACUUUAAAAAUCCUGCCAGUCUGAGACAUCACCGUAUUCGUAAACACCAACCUGUAGGGAACAAAAGAGAAUGUCCAGUUUGUCAUAAAUUAGUACCAUUUUAUAGUCUUUCUAAACAUAUGUAUACUCACAAAGCCUAUACUAUACAAUGUCCACAUUGUGAUAAGAUGUUUAAAAAUAGUUCAACAUUAAAACAACAUGUAAGAAUACAUGAAGAUCAACGACAAUAUCGCUGUGAUACUUGCGGUGUUGGAUUUAAUAGGAGGGAUGGAUUAAGACUUCACAUGAGAGUUCAUGAAAAAUCUGAUAGUAGAGGAUUAAAAGAAUGCUCAUGCCAAGUAUGUGGUGAGAAAUUCCCAAAUCAUUCUACACUAGUUAUACAUAGAAAUCGCGUACACAAAGAUGGAAGGCAAUAUACAUGUCAUAUAUGCAAUAGAUCUAUGAUUUCAGCAAGAUCAUUAGAAUGGCAUAUGUCUCAUAUACAUAACGAAUCACUUCCUGGCAUUGUAAAAGAAAGUGUAGAUGGUUUACAAGAAAAAAGAGUUUCUUGUUACCAUUGCAGUAAAACUUUCAAAACAGAAAUGAUUUUAAGAACACAUAUUAAAAAUACUCAUAUGGAGAAAGACCCUAUGAAGUGUUUGGAUUGUGAUAUGACAUUUACUUCUGAAGUUAGAUUGAGGCAUCAUAUGAUGGUAACUCAUAAUAGGCUGGAAGGCACAUUAGCAUGUCCUCAUUGUCCAAAACGAUUUGUAAAUCAGCUUAGGUUAAAAACUCAUAUGAUAUCUCAUUCUGAAGAAAGACCGUAUACAUGUGAAAUAUGUGGAUUUAAUUUAAAGACUAAGAUUCAACUAAUCAAGCAUCAUCAAAACAGACAUAGCGAUGAAAGACCUUUACAAUGUAGAUACUGUCCAUGGAGGUGUAAACAAGUAAGCGCACUUGUUUGUCAUGAAAGAACUCAUACAAAUGAACGACCUUAUUCGUGUAGUGUUUGUAGACAACGUUUUAAAUAUUUGGGUGAUAAGAACAAACAUGAAAGGCGUCAUGAAAGUUUAGGAGGAUCAGGAUUUAAACGAAUAGUACCUGGCAGAAAUAUUAAACAUUCUAAGGUUCAAGGAGAAACUUCUGGUUCUGAACAAGAACAAGAAGAAUUAACGCAUGUAGAUUCGCAGCUUACAGAAAGCCAAUACGAGGAACAAACGUGUCAACCGUUUGAAACAAAAUUUAUCAAAGAAGAAAUCGUUAAAUUUGAAGAACCUGAAAUUGCAGAAGAAUAUGAGCAAGUCUAUGAACAGGAUUAUGAAGAAACAUCGAGAGAGGCUUCUGAAGCUGCCGAAGUUAUCAUGAACAUGGAAGACACCACUGUAUACACGGAAGAAGUAACUGCCGACAACAUUGAGACGGCAGAAAUAAUGGCAAAUGAAAUGAUGACUAACGAGAUUUUACAGAGUGGAACUGUAGUACAUUUGCAACAACAAGAUGACAAUGGAAAAAUUCAAGUUAUUCCUGUUAUGCUAUCUUUGCCUGAUUUAUCUGACACAAACACGGAAGUCAAUUUAGCAACAGCAUCAAUAAUGUAUAACAAUUAAAACUAAUAAGUUGAUUACUUCUAACUCUACGAAAAAAUGAUACUUGCAAAAUUAAUAUUUUGUGACUCGAGAUAAAAUUAUACAAUGCUUUUUUAUCUGAAGUAGUCACAUUCCUGUAAAAUAAAUUCAGACUGUUUCCUGUAUUAAUGUGAUUCUUCGAAUAACGAUUACAUGAAAAGAGAGUAUGAUAUUUGCAUAUUUGGUAACAUAAAGAACGAUUAUUCGCUGCUAAAGUAGUAGUUUUUUUAAGAUCAUAGGUAUAAGAUUAUGUUAAAAUUGUAAAAUAUUAUAAAAUAAUAGCUUCGUAUUUACGAUACACAUUCAAACACAAGUUUAUACAAUCUGCAAGUUGUAAGGAAAUAAAUGAAAUGUGAAAAGAAAGAAAAAAAAAA